AUGCUCUUGUUGACGAUAAAUACAGAAGAAUAUAAAAGAAUAAAGAAUCUCCCUAAUCUUUUAAAAAAAGACUACAGAGCAAGAUUCUGCCAUGGAGGAGGGAAAGAGAUUGAUGUUCAACCAGGUCAGAAUAUACUGAAAAUCAUACAGGAUUGCUUUGAAAGUUGUGGUAAUGACGUUACAAUAAACUCUGAAAAUAAUGAUGUUACAACAUGUUGCUCAACUCCUGUUGUUAGAAACAAAAAGGGCGCUUCAGGACAAAGCAAAAAGCCAAAUGCUGGUUUAACUAACUCUCUGAAAAACACCUCUAAUUCUUCAGACUCUCUAUCUGCAUCACCACUAAAAGCAGUCAACAGCAAAGGAUGGUCACUUAAAUCACACUCGAAGACUGCAAUACAUGAUGCUAACAAAAUAGAGAGUCCUCUAUCUCCUGGUGAAACAAGAAGCAUUUUAAAAGAUGUUGAAGCACAAUGCAGAAGCCCUGCCAACCUCUCGGCCUUUAGGGAUGAUCAUGAGUCUGGGGAAUUGCCUCUCCUUGUGAAGGAAGCUGUAACUUCUCCUGUCCAUAUAUUACAGUCUGAUGAGCCAAAUACUCCAGCUGUGGUUAAGAGCCAUGUGGAAGUUGAAAAUUUGCGAGGGCCUCAAAGUGGGAAAAAGCAGAUUGCUCUGGUGCAAGGAACAGGCCAUAUUGCUAUAUCCUCUCUACAGAAAAAUAAGUCUUUCUCUUCAGCAUUCUUGGCAGCUGUAACAACUGCUGGAAAAAGGUGUUCGGCCUCGAUAUCGCCACCAUCUCCUCCUCUUGUGAAAGAUCAAGAUUUAGAAAUAGAAAAUGAAUGUGAAUUUUUAAUUGAUGAAUCAAAUGAUGUGUCUUUUAAUUCUUGGUUUUCAAUACCAAAGAAGAACAAAACAUCAAAAACAAAUGGCUCUGCAACUCCUGCUUUGAAAUCCCAGUUCUUGGAAAGGCAGAAGACAGAAAGUAGGAAAGAAAAGAACAGAAAGGUGCAGUCUGAAGCACCUCAUAAGCAGAAAAUGCCUGAUUUUGAUGUCAGAGUGCAACCUGACUUCAGAAUUACAUCAGAAUCAGAGACAGCUUCUUCUGACAAGAAGGGGAAAGUUCUUAAAUCUCAAAGGCAAAGCAGCACUCCCAGGGAAAAGACUAAAAAGGAAGCACUUAGGCAAGACUCUCCAAAACAGAGAAGAGGCACAUCCUGGAAACCAGAAGACAAAGAAUUGUUCGAAUUAGACAAAAAAGCUUCUGAUGCAGAACAAUGUAAAAAAAGGGUGAGGCCAAGUGAGGAUUUGUCUAUACUUUCAGCUGGAGGUCAACAGGAGCUUCAGUCAAAAAAGAGUUUUAAGUCUUCAAACUACAAGCAGUCCAACUUAAGAACUCGACAUUUAGUUCACAAAAAACAAAAUGUUAAGCAGAAACUUUCAAAAGAUACGGUAUCUAAGAAACUGGCAGAAAGCUCCAGGAAAAAAACGAAAGCCUCUAGCAAGAAAAGUAGCAACAGAGGGCUACUAUUACCAACAGUAGAGAGUUCUGAAAGUAAACUUGGUGAAGAAGGACUUGAAAGAGAAUCUGUGGAUUUAAAUAAAGUGUUUUCAACACCGUUGCCUUCAAAAUUAAAGACCUCUAAAAUUCAGAAUUUGGCUAACUCUGAAAAACGAAGAAAUGUUUUGCAUUCGUUGAAAUCACUUGGUGGUGCAAGUAACAAAACUCCUGUAAAAGCCAAAGAGCUACCGCGGAAUCUGACAUCCACUGUGCAGAAUUCUGAGAAGAGAUCAUCAGCUAAGAUUAUAAGGAAGAAGCCUGAAAAGAUUCAUCACAAAGCCCGUAAAAAUGUGCGUUCAAACUCUGAUGACAUCGAACCUCAAAAUACAAUGGAAUCUGAGAGUUCUCCUGUGCAGGACGAGGUAGAAAAAAACCCCGUGUCAUCAAAUAAAAAAAGCAACAAAAGAAAACGUAACAUGCAACGUGGCUCACAUGGGCCUUUACUAGAACAUGAUGUUAAAUCUACUUCCGGAAGAAGAUCUUUGGCUUCUAAAGAGGAUGGUUCAUCUUCAGAUAGCUCUGAAGACAUGGAUUAUCAAAUCAACGAUCUGCUGUCAAACAAGACAGCAAGACAUAAAAUAGUAAUGCCCUCCAACACACCUAAUGUUCGUCGGACAAAAAGGAUACGGCUGAGACCUUUGGAAUAUUGGCGAGGAGAGCGUGUGAACUAUACAGUGGGGCCUUCAGGACUUGUGAUCAGUGGAAUAGUGUGUCCUGAAACAGAACCUCGCAAGAAGAUUAAACGGAAGAAGCCUAGUCAUAAGCCAAAAAGAGAUCAGACAAGGAGUGAGAUAGCUGUAAAUUUCGAUCAAACUCUAGCUGAUAUUUCUAAGCCAACUGUUGUACUGGACCCAAUAACAAAUAAGGAGGUGGUUCUAGCCUCCGAUUUUGCAAUGGGUAAAUUGAUCUUGAAACCUCUUAAAGAAAAGGGACAUCAGUUUGUUCACAUGGAUACAAUAGCUUUCCAUAUUCUCAAAGGCAAAAUCGUUCUUACCCUGCAUAAGACGUCAUAUUAUCUGACUGCAGGGGACUUUUUUUAUGUUCCAGCAGGAAAUGGAUAUAACAUACGUAAUAUUCUGAACGAAGAAAGCAUUCUUCUGUUCACACAAGUGAAGAAAAAUAGACCAAAAGGAAGAAGAAAUCUGGCUUGGCUUUAUUAUAGCUUUGUUGGCUACCGUCCUUUUGCCAGAGAUGUCCUGCUUGUUACACCUCUGUGUAACUGGGGACAGGCUCCCCUCAACGUCCGUCACAGCCUCCUGGCACAUCCCGGAGCAGAGGUCUACAAGAUCAACAGGAUAUUCCCAGCGUUUUGA